AUGUUCUCUCAGCUCAUAGUCGCCCUCGCCCUUUCAAGUUUCUCUCUCGCAUACAACAUCACCUCGCCGGGCGAUUCCCAUAACUGGACGGAGCGUGGACCCCAGCCCGCCACAUGGGAACGCGCGAGCACCGACCCGGAGACCGUCACCGUCGUGCUCACCAACAAGAACAGCAGCGUCAUGGCCGAGAACCAAGUCAUCGCCACCUCUCUUGACGGCAAGACCGGAAAGGCGGAGCUCAACCCGCCUAAAGGCAAGUGGCCCGCAGGCGAGGGAUUCAUCCUCAACUUCUGCCAGAAAGGGCACACUACCGAUGCGAUCCUCGCGCAGUCGAAGGAAUUUUCUAUCAUCGGAGUCGGCAGCGAGGGAGUUGACUCUUUGCCAAGCACUUUACCGCAGACGCAGAACUUGGAUACCCCGCCGCAGGUUGCGAAAUCCAAUGGCGCGAUGGCUGCCUUUGAGGCGACGAAGGACGGCUUGAUGGGAUUAUUGGGAUUCCUAGCGUUGAUGGCCGUGUAG